UCUGUGCAAAGCAUGGUUUCUGCAGCGUUGCGGAAGCGCUGCAUUCACGUGGGCUGCUUGCUGUGGCUUGGGGCAACCCUUCUGCACAGGCCUUCAUGCUUUGGGAGGGCAAAGCAACAACCUUUGUCAGAGCUCCGCGAACGAAGCGGCCUUGCAAUCCGUAAGAGUGCCAGAGGUCGGAAACUUGAAGAUGGCAUAGUACUCAGCAGGCAAGAAAAGAUACUUGUCAGCAAAAUAGCAUCUGCAAGUGAGAAGAGAAAUUGGCCAGCAGCCAGAUCGUUUUUUGCUGGCUAUGUUGGCAGUGCAGCACCGGUCUAUUCAGCUGCAAUGCAUGCAGCAUUCAGAUCUCGGGAGUACAAGGAUGGAGCGAAGAUCUUUGAACAGUGCCAGGCAAAUUGUGAAAUCAUUCGCCCUCCUGUUUUUACUGCAGGCAUACGCAUUUUUGCAAAGCUGGGAGACACAAGCCGUGUGGACCAGAUUUGGAAUGAUGCUUUGAGCGCAUGUGAAUUUGAUGAUAUCCUUGGAUCCGCCCGGAUCGCUGCAGCUGCUGAUGCUGGGAAUGUGACAAUGGCAGCCGAAACCUUGGAUGAAAUGAACAGAAGCAAUCUCUCAAUCCAGGUCCAUCACAUCAACUCUGCCAUACGAGCAUGCUGGGGUGAGGGCAAGAGCCAGCACAAAGCUGCAAAGUACUUGUUUGACCUCUUGCCUAAAUUUCGACUGACUCCUACUAUUGUGUCAUUCACAUCUUUGAUAGGAGCAUACCAUACUGCAAGCUUGCAGGAUGUAUUGUUGGCAUAUAACGAGAUGAAAUCACUUGAGAUAGAGCCAAACAGUGCCUUCGCAGAGACUUACAUGUAUUCCCUCUUGCAGGCGCGCAAGGGGAUUCGUGUUGAAGAACAGCUGCAUGACACAUCUGCUGAGCGUUUACAAGCUGCCCGAGAUGCUUUGGCUGAGUUCAAAGGCUCAGGACUGCGGUUGUCAAGAGUUUGCGCAGACGUCUACAAAGAACUGUUUGUAAAGAGUGUACAGUUCAAGCCGUUGCCUCUUACAAGCAUUAUGCACUACAGGCAUCAUUGCUUGACAACUCCCACACCGCAGAUUCGGGGGCUCCUCACUGCGAUGGCAGAGAAGGCGCAGCAAGCGGCAUUUGAAUCCCUUGCACCCCACCGCGACGGGUCCCUAAUUCGGGCCGUUCGCUUGGCCGUCGCUGCCGAGAAGGCUUACGACGUCUCCCUGGACAAGUCACAAGGUGGUGCUCUGAACUUCCGCGAGCUGCACGAUGAGAAGGCGCCUCGGAAACCCGGUGGCGGCCAUAGCGGCCAUCAGAGGUCUCCAACGAGUCGAAAGGGCAGCGAAAAAGGAACCGUGGAGGGCCCCGCAGAAGAGGCUGAUCAACUAUUGGGCAGUGGAACCCUUCGUUGGGACUACUAUGACAUUUUGGGUCUGGAGCAGGCUGCUACCUCCUCAGACAUCAAGGCGGCCUACAAACGCCAGGCCUUGCGGUCUCAUCCGGAUAAGGGCGGCAGUUCUGAGCAGUUUCGCUUGGUGGUGAAGGCUUUCGAGGUCCUGUUCAAUGCUUCUGCGCGGCAAAGCUACGACCGGCAAAGACGGAUUCAGAGGCACGAGUGUCCAGCCCCCCCCCCUGCCCCGGCGUCAGCGCAACAGCACAAGCCAAGCCGUAGCGCUGCAAGCUGUGGAGCAACGCAGGAACCAACCUCCGUUGGAAGGCAUCAUGGCACCACGCAGCUGCGUAGAUCUAAGCCGCAAAUUUUGGCCAGAUACCUCAGUCGAUUGAGGCGAUGUUUGGCUGAAUGUCCUCGAAGAAUUCGGCAGGACGUCAUCUCCAAGAUGUCUCUACUGCUCCGGCAGAAACUGCUGGAGCAAAUGGAAGCCGCAACAGGCAGCUGCGGUGCCUGCCUUCCACAUUGCGACCCUCCAAGCGCCUGCUCGGAAGUGUCGCCUGUCUCCCGCGAUGAUGAGACACCAAAAAACUCCGCGCCAGCGUUGAGCAUAGAAAAUCAGGUGCAAGGAGGUCCGCUGCAGGAGGAGGUCGAGUGCCGGGUGGACUUUCAGGGUCCUGCGAGCAGCGCAGGCGCAGGGUUGAAGCGGCACGGGCGCAAGCUGUAUCGUGGUGUGAACACUCUAAAGUCGAGGGGGUUCAUGUACUACGAGGCGCGGCUCAGUGUGCGGAAUCUCACCCUGGCUUCACGUGCCACGCGGACGUUGGAAGAGGCUGUGCACAAUCACACCUUACUGGCGACUUUUCGUCAGAUCUUUUCAGAGAAGGAGGCGGGAGUGAAAGACAGCACUGCAAAGCUGACUGCACAGAACCUGCAGAAAGCGUUGGAAGAAACUGAAGGUCUGGCAGACGUGUGGCUGAGCCUGCAAGUAGUGAUGGAUGCCCGGCCCUGGGUGGGGAAAAUGGUGACGUCUCCGCGCACGCAAGAGAUUUCGAAGGCGAUUUCGAUGUGGAUGCAAGCCGAAGUGGCAAGACUGGAGGGCUGGCCUGCGAUGAGUGCUGUGUGGCUGGAGUGGAUGCAGAUGGGCCGCCGGGAGCGCUUCAACAUCCGCAGCAAGAGCUUGAGCCAGGCGCAACAGACGAUCUGGGCUGCAGAGCAGAGCUAUCGACCGCAGUGGACCAAGCGACAGGAACGUCGCGCAGCUCGAGAAUGGCGCCAGCAGCAGGAAUCUGAGCGACAGGAAUUGAGGCGUCAAGAACAGAAGUCGCGCGAAGAGCAAAGGUGGCAACGGCUGGUGGAGGGCAGGCUAGCACGACUCUUGCUGCGAGCUGAAAAUUGCGCGCAAAGCCUGGAGAACAAGGAGUACGGCAGAACAAUCCAAGACUCUGGGCGUGAAUUUCGAGGGCAACCCCAGAGCUUCACUGCUAUGGUUUUUGACAACGACAGCUGA